AGAUGCAAAAGAGUAUGAGUAAAAACAUUUAUUAAGAUUUCAGAAAACAAAAAAUGUUAUUAUAUAAUCAUGGAAUAUAUGGAAGGAGGUACUUUAGCAUAGAAAAUCAAAGAGAAAUAAUUAAAUGAAUAAGAAGCAGCUAUUAUUAUGAAAUAAAUUUUAGAAGGUGUAAACUACUUACAUGAUAGAUCAAUCAUUCAUAGAGACCUUAAACCAGAGAACAUUAUGUUGACAGGUGCAAAUGUGAAAAUUGCUGAUUUUGGAUUGAGUUUUCGAUUCUCAUCUACAGAAGGCAAUUUUCAUAAAUUAUUAAAUAAAAAAUGUGGAACUAUCAUUUACAUGGCACCUGAAUAAUUUACUGAAAAAUAUGUAGAUUACUUAUUUUCAUAUUUGUCUAGUAUAGUAAAUAAGUCGAUGCAUGGAGUUGCGGAAUUAUACUUUAUAUGUUAUUAAAUGGAGGAACCCAUCCUUUUUAUAAUUAGGAGGACACCAAAUACGAUUUUAUUUAGAAGAUUCUUAAUCCAACUAUUGAGAUCCCUUUCAAUAUAUCCCCUUUGGCUAAAGAUCUCUUCUUUAAAUUAAUUAAUGUUAAUCCUAUUGAUAGAUACAAUGUGAGUUAAGCUUUGAUGCAUCCAUGGAUUACAAGGAAAUUUCAUGAAAAAAUUCCACUGACUUAUUAAUAAUAAUUGGAUUAGUUUCUUAAAGAAUAACAAAUUUAAUAAGUAUACAUCUACAUUAUUAAAUAUAUAGUAAUUUAAGUUGUUAUUCUUUUUACAAUACCUUAAACGUAAUUCCCCAAGAACUCAAAUAUUUUAAGAUAGUGUGAAAGAAUUAGAAUAAGAAAAUUCAAAUAAUCAGUAAAAUAGAACAAGUGCUAGUCCAACUCAAAAUAAAUUUAAGAUCUUGCAAAUUAAUAAUAAACAUAAAAAUUAAUUUCAUACUGCUCCAAGGAUCGAAUCUUAAGGAAAGUUUUUAGAUUUUUCAUUAACAUAAAAAACUAAUUUUAAAAAAUCUAUGGAAAAUAUAUUGGUUUUUGAAAAAGAUAAAUCUGAAAAAAGUUAGAAUUGUUCAGCAAGAUCUUUAAAAUAAAAAUCUACUCAAAUGAUUAACAAAUAUUUUAUACCAACUUCAUUUUAAGAGUCAUUUUGUGGUUCCAAUAAAAAUAAAAUAAACCUUAAACCUCACAAGAGAUUAUUACCACCAUUAAAAAAUAAAUGA